AUGUGUACAAAACUUGUCAAUAUCCUUGCAGACAUAACCGGUUCUUUCCGCGUUGCUAUCAGCCCCUUGCUCUUUGUGUUCGGCGUACUUGGAAAUCUGGUGGCCUUCAUACUAUUCUUCAACAAUAAACCAUUGACGCGCUAUAAUCUCUACCCCAUGAUAUUAUGCAUCAUCCAGUCGAUCGCUCUCUUGCUGAAUGCCCUCUUAGACGACUUUUUUGGUCGGGGACUAUUAUUUGUCUCCGGCGGCAGCUUCUCCAUCAAGGUAGACGCAGUCUCCAACGCAGCAUGUCAGUUCUUUGAAUUUAGCGAAAUGUGGAUUGGAUUUGUCUCCGCGCACAUCAUGCUCGCCUUUGGUGUCGACAGAGUCCUAUCGAUUACGAUGCCUUUGAGGUUUCAAAAGACUCGCUUUAUCCAGGCGACACUUUGGGUGUACGCUACAAUCAUGGCACUCGGCGCAUGUGUCAGUGCUCCCCUGACUGCACAGUAUUCGCUUAUAGUUGAAAAUGAAUUUCUGCCCAAGGUGUGCGCUAUAAAUCGAGAACGGCUGAACACCAACGACUACGCUGUCAAGGUGCCCGUUACAAUCCUCACAUUCUUCAUCCCGAGUUUCCUGCUGGUGGUCAUCAACUGUAUCCUCAUCGUAAAAAUCUUGCAGUUGAAGCGACGUCGAAAAUUGCAUUUCACACCUUCUUUCAUGGCUUACGCCAAGACCUGUAGGGUGACCGGCAAAGUGGUAGCCGAGGGCAAAAUGGAACUCAAACGCGUGUUCGCCUACCUUAACCUGGCGCUUAUCUCCUUCAUCUUUUCUCUUCCACUCACAGUAACCCUCUGCAUACGCUCAGGUCUGACCUUAGGAGACAGCCUCUGUGAACGCGAGCCGAUUGCCGAAAUGAGCCGGCUGUUUAGUUCUGUCAAGGACAUACAGUAUGCCAUUCACGGUUACACAUACAUUUUCUUUUUCCCCUUUUUCCGGAAGAAGUUUGUACGAAUUCUGCGUCUGGUAUUUUGUUGUAAAAAAAUUCGGGAUUGA